AUGGCGGGUAUCAUCGGUAUCUACGGACUGGUCGUGUCCGUCCUGAUCGCGAACGACUUGGCACAGACGGUCCCUCUAUACACCGGAUUCAUUCAGCUGGGAGCAGGUCUCGCUGUCGGUCUGGCUGGUCUGGCAGCUGGUUUUGCCAUCGGUAUUGUCGGUGACGCUGGUGUCCGCGGAACAGCCCAGCAACCUAGGCUCUAUGUUGGCAUGAUUCUUAUCCUCAUUUUCGCUGAAGUUUUGGGUCUUUACGGUCUCAUCGUUGCCCUUUUGAUGAACUCUCGGGCCAAGAUCGAUGCCAAGUGCUAA